AUGGAGGGCGAGAGUUGCGAAAGCGGUCUCAUUCGAGCCGGCAGUGCUAGUGUUAGACGAACCCUCACUGGUCUUGACGUACAAAAGCGUUCUCGUAUGCUAAACUUCUUCCACUUCCUGCACACAUCGGAUGACACAUCUACCCCGCACAUCAUCCUCGGCAUGCGGUUCAAAGACGGUCUACUCGGUUGGAUCACACACGUCGCGUUCGUCACCACAGAUUGA